GCCGCUCCUAGGCGCGCGCGCCCAGGCGGGCGGGACGCUGUGCGACGCGGCGCCGUGCCGCUGCGACAGCACCACGCUGCAGUUCGGCCGCGUCACGUGCUCCUGCGCCGGCACCUCUGCGCAGGAGCUGGUGCUCAGGUCCAACGACACACAGAGGAUCCCAGAGACCACCACCUCUCUCCUGGUCAGCAACUGCUCCAAGGUGCUCGUACAGCAGCACGCGCUGCGAGGGCUACAGGCGCUGCGCAGCGUGGAGAUCUCCAAUGUCUCCCAAUGACGUGGCCCCACUGUUGCAGGAGCUGGUGCUCAGGUCUAACGACACCCAGAGGAUCCCCGAGACCACCACCACUCUCCUGGUCAGCAACUGCUCCAAGGUGCUCGUACAGCAGCACGCGCUGCGAGGGCUACAGGCGCUGCGCAGCGUGGAGAUCUCCAAUGUCUCCCAAUGACGUGGCCCCACUGUUGCAGGAGCUGGUGCUCAGGUCUAACGACACCCAGAGGAUCCCCGAGACCACCACCACUCUCCUGGUCAGCAACUGCUCCAAGGUGCUCGUACAGCAGCACGCGCUGCGAGGGCUACAGGCGCUGCGCAGCGUGGAGAUCUCCAAUGUCUCCCAAUGACGUGGCCCCACUGUUGCAGGAGCUGGUGCUCAGGUCUAACGACACCCAGAGGAUCCCCGAGACCACCACCACUCUCCUGGUCAGCAACUGCUCCAAGGUGCUCGUACAGCAGCACGCGCUGCGAGGGCUACAGGCGCUGCGCAGCGUGGAGAUCUCCAAUGUCUCCCAAUGACGUGGCCCCACUGUUGCAGGAGCUGGUGCUCAGGUCUAACGACACCCAGAGGAUCCCCGAGACCACCACCACUCUCCUGGUCAGCAACUGCUCCAAGGUGCUCGUACAGCAGCACGCGCUGCGAGGGCUACAGGCGCUGCGCAGCGUGGAGAUCUCCAAUGUCUCCCAAUGACGUGGCCCCACUGUUGCAGGAGCUGGUGCUCAGGUCCAACGACACCCAGAGGAUCCCCGAGACCACCACCACUCUCCUGGUCAGCAACUGCUCCAAGGUGCUCGUACAGCAGCACGCGCUGCGAGGGCUACAGGCGCUGCGCAGCGUGGAGAUCUCCAAUGUCUCCCAAUGACGUGGCCUCACUGUUGCAGGAGCUGGUGCUCAGGUCCAACGACACACAGAGGAUCCCAGAGACCACCACCUCUCUCCUGGUCAGCAACUGCUCCAAGGUGCUCGUACAGCAGCACGCGCUGCGAGGGCUACAGGCGCUGCGCAGCGUGGAGAUCUCUAAUGUCGCCGAGCUGGAGGUGCGCAGUCACGGCUUCGACUGGAACGAGAGUAUCGCAGCGGAGGGAGUCCCGCCCCGCGGCAUCGUGGUCAGGAUCGUCAACGCUAGUCUGCCGGCCGUGCCGAGCUACGCCUUCCGGGGGCGCCUGGACGCGGUGCUGCUGACCGGCGUGAGGGUGCGCGUCGUCGAGACCUUCGCGUUCGUCAGCCUCUCGGGCAUGGAGCGGCUGGAGCUGGUGGACUGCUCCGUCGACGAGCUGCAGUCGCAGGCGCUCAAGAGGUUCUCCGUGCAGUACCUGGUGGUGUCUGGCGGCAGGCUCGCGCUCCUGCCCAGCCACGCCCUCAUGGACCUCGAGGUGCACCGGGAGGUGCUCAUCAAGAGGGUCGCCAUCGACACAAUGCACAGCGCAGCGGUCCGGAUCGUGAACCCCCUCACCUUCAGGAUGAUCGACUCGACGGUGGGGCGCAUGGCCGGGGAGGCCCUGAGGGUCUCCACGCGCGGGCCCAUCAUCGUCCAGAACAACAAGUUCGCGUCCCUGGGCGCGGGCGCCUUCCUGGGCUUCUCCGUGGACCAGCAGUUCCGCGCCAGGCACGGCCGGCAGGAGCUCAUCUUUGAGAACAACACCAUCGCCGGCUUCACCAACAACUCGCUGGUGGUGGACGGCACGUGCUUCGACCCGAGGUUCUUCCGGGUGUACGUGGACCGCGCGUGCUCGUGCGAGGCGCUGGAGUCCUGGAGCUUCCAACUGGUGACAUUCUCCUCGGGGUCCCUGCCGCGGGCGGGCUCGCCCCAGCCUGCGGAGGUCCUCACGGGCUUCUGGUGCCGGCAGAAGCUGGACCGGCAGCCGUACGUGCGCUUCCAGGAGUACAGCAACUACCACUGCGGCUACACGACGCGGAACGUGUACGUGUUCAUCGCCGCCAUCGUGGCCGGGCUCUUCGGCCUGCUGCUGAUCGUCCUGCUGGCGAUACUCGUCUGGAGGCGGCGGCGCGCCAGGAGGCAGAAGGAGUGGAUCAACGUGCCGCCCGGCGAGCGGGACGACGCCAAGAAACCCACCAAAGACCGGCCCGUCGGCGACCGCCGGCUCAAGAUGGUGGUGCCCGACGGCAGGACGUACCGCGAGACGGAGCUGCACGUCAUAGUGGAACGCGCAGAGCCGCUGAGACAGCCGAACUGAACCGCGCCCGUACCGUACACGUCCCAUAUCACGGCGAAGACUGAACACUUAGCUAGUAUUAAAUUUUGCGUGUUUUUUAAAAGCAUUAAUAAUGCAACAAGGUACGACUAUGAAAUGGUCACUUUAAUAUAAAUCAUUAGACAUUAGUCAUUUGUUAAAACAGCACAAAAUUAAUUUUGUCUAUACCUUUAGCAAUGUUUGUACUUACUAAAUAUUAAAUAUCUAAGUUCCUUGAAUGUAAACACCAAAACUAGAUUGAUGUAAAAUUUUAACCAAAAAGUUUAAAUCAUAGGAUAUGAAAGUCAAGUUUAAUUUCUAUUGUUUGUGCAUUUUAUAAAAUGCAAUUACUAAUCAUUCGAGUCCCACCUAAGAAGCAAACAGGAUUGAAUACGCCUGCAAGUUUGAAGAAGUAAGCACCUGACUUUAUUAACAUAAAUUGCAGUAAACUGUACAAACUAAACUCACAAAUUUCAGCAAGAAUUUUUAGGUCUUUCUUUGCCAGACACUAGAUAUUUAACCGUUAAGUAACAGUUUUAAUUGAUACAUAUGUGUUUUGUUACCACAAUAGAUUUGUUAGUUCAAUAGGGCUUCUGCAAUGUGCACAUGUGAACUCUGAGCACAUCAGUAAGAGAGAUGUAUAGAUUUUAUUUUAAACCUAGUGUGAAUUUUAUUCAUGGCGUUCAUUGCCAAAGACUGUUGAAAAUGUCACUAACUUUACAAUAAGCAUUUGAUGUUGAGGAUAGGUCCUGGAAAUUUAUAGGAUUGAACAGUUAAAAUUCUGUAUGUUUGUUUUUGUACCUGUAUGGUAAAAAUGUUGAAAUGUUUAUUUCUUGUAUACACAGGUUGAGUACAUUUCUAUUCUAGGACAUUAUAACUAAAAGCAAGUGUGUUUGUAAGUGGCACUACUACUGAAUCUGCUGUUUAUGUAUCUGGCAGUUAAUUCCUUUAUUUCACUUGAUGGUAAUGUUUAUUUUCAUUCCAAUAUCUUUCUCACACUUUAUUUUGACUACUUUUUUCCUCUCUACUUUAGAUCCCUGAUCUUACCUACAGUUUCAUCACAUUUUACAUUACAAGUUUCAAUGAAUCUCACCAAAAAAAUUGACCUAACCAAAAAACAUCAACCCAAACAGUCAAAUUUGAUGUGUAUGACAAAUAGAGACAAACUAAAAAAAAAAGAGAAUUAAACAUGGCAAAUUACUAUGUGCCUACAUGCUACAAAUAAUACUAAUUUCUUUUUGCUUUGUGGAGUGGUUUAGCAAAGGUGACAGGUAGAGUAUAACACAAAAUUACACUGAGAGCUCCAUGUGUCAUUUUUCAAAACAUUCUGUUUCACUGCAAAACUGUUACGUAAAAAUCUUCUGUGAUUAACCUCAUCUAUAACGCAAAAGCAGAAAUAUUUCUUGCGUUAAGUAGGUGCAGGGCAGUUCCAGGUAGUAUACGGAAGAGACAGCUAACUACAUGGGUUGAAGAAGCAAAGUACCGGUAAUAUAAACACAAUGAAUCACAGUUUAUAACAAAAUACUUCUCAGAACAAAAUCAAAACCAAGAUAGUUUGAACUAAGAUUUUUAAAAAAUUAGAGAACAGGUAGGUAGCCUUCUCCUGCAUCCGUCCAUUAAAUUUUGCUUAAAUGUCUAUUGAUGACUAAAUGAGAUUGUGAAUUAUUUGUGUAAAACUUGCAACAGUGCAAGACUAGCACUUUACUGCAAAAAUAUUCAUGACACUUUGCUAAUUUUGUAGCUUCUUGAUGUGUCUCAGACAUGCGAUACCAUUACAUGCUCUUGCUAAAAAUACAUAAUUAAUGGCACUGUACCUUCUAUCAACUAAUUUAUCUACAGAAUAAGAAAAAUGUAUCUGUUACAAAAACAAUAACCAAUAUUAUUCAAAUUUUGUUCUGUAGCAUUUCCAACGGUUGUUCCAUGAUAUACGUAUUGGAAAUUGCUUUUUGUAGUUAGUUUUUGCACUGGAAUUUUUCUCCACCUGAUCUGCUAUUUGUGAUAAGCCAAGAAAAUAAUAGUAAUUUAAGUUGUUGCCCGUAGAACUGUGAUGCGGCCAAGCCGGAAAACUGCCCCGUGGGGUCUCGCAACCAGCGACUUGUCAUUUCUUAUUUGUCUAGUUUCCUGUGGAAAAUAUAAACAUUAAUAUGGGAUGAAAAAAAAAGAAGGUUUUAAUUGCUAUUAGCAAGUCAUUCAAAGUGCUGGACCUUUAGAUUUCAAUUGAACUUUCAUGAUUUCUUAUUAGAAAAACUUAUUAUAUUGCCUCAUAUAAUCAUGAAUUUUCACAAGAAUUUGAUGGUUAACAUUAAUAAGACCAACCCGAGUAUAAUUUUUUGAGACAGAACAUUAAAAUUUCUUGGAAUAAAUUAGCACAUCAAUGGUCACAAUUCAAGUUGGUUGGCCCCUCUCCAAAAUAUCAGAGCCCAGGAAAGAUCAGGACCACUACUAAUGGCAGCCACUCACUACAAGUUUAUUUUCUAUUCUCCCAGAUAGUAAAAUGUAUAUAACUUUACUUCAACAGUCCCAUCUUAAGUAUUUCUUAAAAUCCAUUGUGGCUGUGAGCCCAAGUCUUAAGGUUUAUCUGUUCAAUUAACACACUUGAUGUCUCUCACUGGUCGCAUCAAAACUUAUAAUUUUCCUGCAAAAGUAAUAAUUGGUAGUUUGAUUUUGUGUCUGCAGUCAUAUCAAGUAUGUAACACAACAUUACAACUGUAUCUGUUGCAUCACGUAGUUACGCAUGGCUGUUUACUCCUAGCACACUAAUUCUUGCAAAACCAACAACACACUUUUUAUAUUUUGAGAAUGUCUAGUCCUGAGCUGCACUUGGCACUCAGGUACCACUUAAUAAUAAUGUUCACACUUAUUAAUGCUCCCUAUUGAAGUUAAACAGUUAACAGACUUCAUUUAUGUCCAGUGUGCAUUUGGUUUGGUCUUAACUCACACCGAACCAAAUAAUUCAGAACCCAAACACCUUUGCUACCAAUUACAAUUUUACUCCUUUCUGCAUUUCCACUUGUACGCUAAGACUGAAUAACGUUUUAUGCCAUACAAAUUUACUUAAUUUGUAGGGGUUUAUGAGUGUUCUCUGGCCAAAUUAAGCAUUAAUGAAAUAACUUGCAUAUUUUGGUAACAACAACAAACGUCUCCAGUUUUUCUGUGUCUAUCAUAGAAGUUAGAGGGAAGUAUAGACUGUCCACUUCUUCAGUAGCUGCUGAUACCCUGGAUAGGGCUCAGGUGACAGGCUUCGAGGGAUAAGGAAUCAUGUGCCAUUAAGUGCAGAAGCAACUUAUUGAUUUACUUUUUUAUUUUAUUUUUGUUCUGUACUGCUCUGCUUAAAUUAAAAACUUGGUACCACGUAAGUCGUUUAGUGCCUAUCCUAUGGUACAAAUUCAUCGCCAUGGUCAUAAAAUUUAAAUUUAUAGUUUCGUAUACAGAAACCUGAUCGCAUGCAUGUCUUACAUCAGAGAUAUUUUUCGCAGUGAUAAAGAUCAAAUUUAAAAGCUCAAUUAGUUUAUUGCAAAACUAUGUCACUGUAUGACUUUCAAAUGCUGUGUUUUUACUUCAUUUUACUACUUCGCAGGACACUAAAUAGUGAUUCACGCAGGUUAAAGCAAUUAUUUUAAAUUAUGAAACAUAAUUUCAAAUUAGCCACUUAGAACAUCUUAAAUUAAUAGAACACAGCAACAGAUGUGUCUAAUGUCUAACUGGAGAGUAGCAUCUUGAAUUGAAAGCAUACUUUACUUUUUAAUAAAUCAUUAUAAACCAUGUGUGGUACAAAUAAAUUACAUAAAUUUGAUGUUUACUGGUAAGAUGGUCAUACCAAGCCAAAGACGGUCUUAAAUGCUGUGAAAAAUAAGUCAAAACUUAUGACUGUAUUUAUUGCAUAUCACAGAUAUUGUUUCAUUUGUAAAUAUUACUGUAAACUUUUUUUGUGUUCCAAGUAAAUCUGUGGAAAAAAAUUACGAAAAUUGGUUGAAUUUUUACCU